AUGUCAAAAUACGAGAUCACCUUCGUCACCCCCUCCAAACAAGACAAGGGCAUCUUCAAGCCGACAUUCCGACAGGCAUAUCCCAAUCUACCUAUCCGCAUCACAGUACCGAAAUUCUCGGGGUAUACGCUACCGCUAAAACCUCAAAUAGUUAUCAGUCAGUUCAUCGCAAAGGUUCAGUAUGGCGCGGGGUGUAUGGCAGAUCAUGAGCUCUUUGACAAUAUCGGCCUGUCGACGGAUGUGGAUAGUGAAGGGUUCAGGGAGAUCAAGGGAAGUCGUUUGAAUACGUGGAUUGUGUUCAAGGAUUUGAAUGUGAAAUUCAUCAACAAAAACAAUAUCAAUCUGUACGGCAAUGUUAGCAUGAAGAAAAUCGACAUCAGCGACAGGGGCGGUCUCCUUGUCAAAGCUUGGACGCCAAAAACAGGCAUAGUAGAGAUUAAGGAUGUAGUCUUCCAGGUUCUCGGGGUAUACAAAAUUGCAUUUGAGUUGGAAUUUGACGACGGGCAGAAAAUUGGCUGGACGCCGUGGCAGGGCGUGGAGGUUCAGGUCAAAAAGAAUAGCCAAAUUAAUGUGCCAAUAUGCAUGGCUGGACGAUAUGAAUGGGUAAAUGAAUAG